AUGGAGAACAAGAACGUGCCAGCAGCACCAUCAGAUACUGGCGCUACCGAAAAGGUCGAGACUAAACACAGUCAACAUGGUACGUGCUUAUUUGGCAGUUCUUCUCAGUCCACUGUUUCGGAUGUGAUCGCGACGCAAGACGGCAACGCUGUCGGAGAUGUUACACCAGACAGCGGUGAAACAGGAGAGGAGCUGCUCAUAUCGGAAUGGUCCAGCAUGAACGGUGCCCUUCGACUCGUGCCCAUUGCAAAUGAGUCCGAUCAACGAGUUAUUGAAACAGAAAAUCAUGUGAACCCGGAAGCGACACAAGAAGAGCUAAACGAUGACGAAGACGAUGCCGUAGUUGACCGAUCGUCAGUCUCGUCAACCAGCGAAUCGUCGAGCAUUGUAACUGAUGAAGAAAUGGAACAGAAGUUACUGCCCUGCAAAGAGACCGAUCCCAAUUGCCCUUUUGCCGAGUGCGACGUACACAAGGAGGAGUGUGACGUAUGCCAUAAAUACUGCCUAGUUCCAGGCGACACUGAGGACCGGCGCAUCCACGCUCUGGAGUGUGCCAAGCUGCAAAACACCGUGCUGAAAUGUGCCGCCGAGCUGGAAUUAUCGCGCGACAAGACGUGCAGCGUCUGCAUGGAGGUGGUGAUGGAAAAGCGACCCCGCGAGCAACGCUUUGGCAUACUGUCGGGGUGUAAGCAUGUAUUCUGCAUCAAAUGCAUACGCAGUUGGCGUAAGUCGGACAACACGAAACCCGUCAGAAGAGGCUGUCCAGUAUGUCGGGUAGAAUCCAGAUUCGUUUGCCCGAGUUUUGUCUGGGUGGAGGACCAUAAGGCGAAGAAAAUGUUGAUC